UUUUCUAUUUUCUGUUCCAUAAACUCUCCACUAUUUACUCUUCCUUCCACCUCCUGCACAAUCCAUCUCUCCAGAGUUCUGCCCUUUCCUCAAAACUCUAUAAAUCCCACAAGAGUUGCCGCCUCUUUCCCUGAUUCUCUAAUCUGCCCCGCUCCUCCUCGUCAAUCUCACACCAUCAUCCACAUGUGCUGACCACCAUCAAUUCCGGUGAGCAUCCACGUUAUUUUCUCUUUUCGGCGGAAGGGAGAAUUCAAGUGUAUUUAGCUCUCUUGGAAACUAUUCCGUUAUGUCAGGUCCUCUACAAGAUGUCCUUCAGGAAAGCCCAGAUUGCCCAAAUCCGCCUUAUGAGUUCACAUCCCGAGGUUUAUGAACCGUGUGAUGAUUCAUUCGCACUAGUUGAUGCACUUCUGGCUGAUAGAAACAACCUGUUAGAGCAUCAACCAACAUUGUGCAUGGAAGUGGGUUGUGGUAGUGGGUAUGUUAUCACUUCUUUAGCUCUUAUGCUUCGACAGGAGGCUCCUGGGGUCUACUAUAUUGCUACUGAUAUCAACCCUCAUGCAAUGAGGGUGACCAGUGAGACCUUAGAAGCACAUGGUGUUCAUGCAGAGUUGAUAAACACUGAUAUCUCGUCAGGGCUAGAGAAGCGUCUGGCAGGAUUGGUUGAUGUAAUGGUUGUGAACCCACCAUAUGUGCCGACCCCCGAAGAUGAAGUGGGCCGUGAAGGAAUUGCCUCUGCUUGGGCAGGAGGGGAGAAUGGCCGGUGUGUUAUCGAUAAGAUAUUGCCAAUUGCUGACUAUCUAUUGUCAGACAAGGGCUGGUUGUACAUGGUCAUGCUUACAGCUAACAAACCCUCACAGAUAUGCCUUCAAAUGAGAGAGAAGGGAUAUGCUUCUAGAAUUGUGGUCCAGAGAUCAACAGAAGAAGAGUCUCUCCAUGUCAUCAAGUUCUGGCGGGAUUUUGAUACUCAAGCAGAUGCAAAGGAAAAGGCGGCGACAAACAAAACAGUUCCUGCAAGAGUCAUGGAGUCCCUGGUUUCACAGUUUCCUCUAUCGUCAUUCUGGAGAAGUUGUGGCAGUCACAGUAGCUGAUAGAUGAGAAGGUUUGAGGUUUUCAAUAACCUCCAGUGCUUCCAGUCCUCCCUGACAGCAAUUUUAAGAGCUUAAAUGACUUCAUCAGUCUCUGCAAUAGGAUACUGCAGAGCUUCCAUCAUCUACAACCAUAUUGCACAUAAGUUUCCAGACUUAUGUGCAAUAUGGGAAGCAGAGCUCCUUGUCAGUAUCAAAUGCAAUGCUUUGGUUCAAGUUUCAACUGCUUGUGAAGGUCGGCAUGUUGAGCUCAUUCUCUCAGUAUCAGAUGGAAUGGUUUCUCUCUAUGUUUAAAUAGCAGAAGUACCAUAGGAUUUGUUCAUGACAUUAUAUAUGUCACAGAUUUCUCAGCAUAAAAUCAAUUUUAGAGAAAUCAAAGAUGUGUGUUGAUUUAACGAAACAAACUAUUUGGGUUGACUCCACCCUCAAAUUAGACGUUAUUGAAUGAAACCAACAAAACUUACACAAGGCUAUAGGAGAUGAAAGAUUUGGCAUAUGGCAAUUCAACUACUUUUAGUGUGGCC